AUGGAACACAUCUCAGCCCCUGCGGAGCACGACCCUCCCCCCAGAAGGGGUUCCACUGCCCACUUCCGGUCCUGUCACAGACCCAGCGACUGCCAGCGGCCGCUGACCGCCCCUCUAUGGCAGGUGCGCCAAAACUACCACCCCGACUGCGACGCUGCCGUCAACAGCCACGUCAACCCAGAGCUCCACGCCUCCUGUGUGUACCUGUCCAUGGCCUUCUACUUAGACCGGGACGACGUGACCCUGGAGCGUUUCAGCCGCUGCUUCCUGAGCCAGUCGCACGAGAAGAGGGAGCACACCCAGAAGCUGAUAAUGCUGCAGAACCCACGCAGUGGCCGCAUCUGCCUUCCUGACAUCUGGAAACCAGAGCGUGAAUACUGGGAGAGUGGGCUCGAGGCUACGGAGUGUGCCUUCCACCUGGAGGACAGUGUCAACUACAGCCUCCUGGAGCUGCACUGCCUGGCCAUGGAGAAGGGUGACCCCCAGCUGUGCGACUUCCUGGAGAGCCACUUCCUGAACCAGCAGGUCAAGGCCAUCAAAGAGCUGGGUGGCUACCUGAGCAACCUGCGCAAGAUGUGGGCCACGGGAAACUGGCCUGGCAGAGUACCUGUGUGCCAAGCACACCCUGGGCUGCAGUGGGGAGGAGCCCUGAGCCCAGAUGGGCCCCACAGCCAUGGGGUGCCUUCACCGGCUUGGGCCACCAGACAGGGUGAGCAUGUUGCCCUUUCAGAACAUUCUCUUCAGUUUUUUCCUUUCAGUUUUACCAUUGUUGGCAAUAAAGUUAUCUGGUUUUCAAAGCAAUAAAGGUGUCCAAUUGAUGCGUGCCUGCAAAACUCUCACUAUUUAGGAAUAAAGGCACAUCCUCAUGCAAGUUAAAGUUGGUAUCCAGCAGUCUCUCCACCCAGCCCUGCCCCAUCUGCAUGCAGCUCAGGAUCUCCAAGGAUGGAGGAGGAAGGUAGCAAGCUGGGGAUCCUGGAAGAUGGCAUGACAGAGUACUCUCUGACAAACUCACCCUGAGUGACAGUGACAUAAUGAGAAUGGGCUGGUUUCUCCAUAGGCUUCGCAGUAAAUCCCUAUAGCCACCAGUGCUGGGCGUCUGUACUAUUUCUUCCACUAAAGUAGUUAUAUAUACAUAUACAUUAUAGUAAGUCCUCAGUUAAUGUUGUUGAUAGGUUUUUGGAAACUGCAACU